AAUCUAUUUAUCAACCUCUCUUUAUAUACAAUUGGAUAAAUUUUCAAAGAGAACAACAAUGGCAAACUUGCAGAUAGUUCCAGCAGGAAAGAAGGUUGAGGCUCAGUAUGUGGAGAUGAUGGUUCCAUUAUAUUCAUAUGGUUGUGAAAAGAAGGUGAAGAAAACCUUAGCACACUUGAGAGGGAUUCAUUCAGUUCAUGUAGAUUAUGAGCUUCAGAAGGUAACAGUGUGGGGGAUAUGCAACAAAGAUCAUGUUCUUGCCACCAUUAAGAAGAAGAGAAGAGAAGCAAGGUUUUGGGAACAAAAAGAAGCCAAUGAGAGUGCUGAGAUUGAGGCAAAGAAUGACAUGGAUGAAGAUCAAGAAGCUUCUCGGAGUACUAUUAAUGUUGCAGUGCCUUCACGUAGCUUUAAGUUUAGGAAAUCAUGGAAGAGGCUUCUUCCAACUCUGGUUCUCUACUAGAUUAAUAACUUCAACUUUCAGGGAUGAUAUCAAAUAUAUACGUAUAUAUGUUUAUGUAUAUAUAUCUGUAUGUAUGUAUGUAGUAUGAAUGUAUGUAUGUAUGUAUGUAUGUAUGUGACUGUCUUUAUA